AUGUCGCUCGUGCCAUACGCCGGCGGAUCGUGUUGUUCGCUACCGGCGCCCGUCCCCAUCCUCACUGGUGAGAACUACACCACGUGGGCGAUUAAGGUGGAGGCCAACCUGGAUGCGACCGGGCUGUGGGAGGCAAUGGUGCCGGCGGAGGACACGGCGGCGGCGAUGAUCGCGAAGAAGAAGCCGGCGCUGGCGUACCUGCUUGGCGCACUCGCUGAGGAUCUUCUGCUGCAGGUCGCGUCCAAGAAGACGACGGCGGAGGUGUGGAGCAGCCUCAAGGUGCGGUUCAUCGGAGCUGAUCGCAUCAGGGCGGCGCGGUUGACCACGCUCCGCAGUGACUUCAAGCUGCUGCGGAUGGAGAACGGCGAGACGCUGGACACCUUCGCCGGCAAGAUCAGUGGCAUGACGGCACGCUACGCUGGGCUGGGAUCGACGCUGGACGAUCCGUCGAUGGUGAAGAAGCUUUUGGACUCUGUCCCGGAUCGCUUGUAUGUCGCCGUCACCGGAAUGGAGCAGUUCUGCGACAUGAACUCCAUGCCGUUCGAGGAACCCCUCGGGCAGCUAAAGGCGUUUGAGGAGAGGCCGCGACGGCGCGGACAAGCUGGCAGUGAGCGGGCGGAUGGCCGGCUGAUGUACACGGUGGCACAAUGGCAGGCGUGGCAGCGACGUCAGGGCGGUGGCGGCUUCAACGACCACGACGACGACGACACGGCGAGCACGGCAUCGGGCGGUGGGUUUAAGCGGCGCAGGCGAUGCUAA